AUGUGUUUCCUCUCCCGGGGGUGCCCAAACCGGACCCACGACACCGCUGUUGUCCCGGCGGCGGGACCGGGGGAAUGUGCUCAGUCGGGGCGGCGGGGGUGGCCGGCGCCGGCCGCGGGGCUCAUCGAGACGCCGCUUCUCUCUUACAGCGACCCUGACAACGUCGCGUUCUGCGUGCUGGCCGCGGACCAGGAGGACGAGGGGGACAUCGCCCUGCAGAUCCACUUCACUCUGAUCCAAGCCUUCUGCUGCGAGAACGACAUCGACAUCGUGCGGGUGAACGACGUGGCCAAGCUGGCGGCCAUCGUGGGGCCCAGCGAGGAGUCCGGGGAGCCGCGGGACCUGCACUGCAUCCUCAUCACGAACCCGAGUGAAGAAGGCUGGAAGGACCCAGCUCUUGAAAACCUGAACUUGUUUUGUGAAGAGAGCCGAAAUGUCAAUGACUGGGUGCCAACCAUCACCCUGCCCGAGUGAUGGUGACCCGGUGCACUGGGGAGGCUGAAACCUUUGUUGCAUUCUCAACGUGGUGUGGGUUCACCAAACUGCGCAACAAGCUGCUGAUUCCAUGGAUUAGCCUGGUCAAGAGACUGGAUUAAGGUCCCUCAGACUGGCAUGCAGUGGGCUCUUACAGAGGAGAAAGAGAGAACAGCUCACCUCACCAGUGAGCCUCAGUAGGCUGCAACCAUGGAGAGGCUGACAUACCAUGGAACUGAAAGAAGUAUUGCAAGUUUGUCAGCCAUGUGGAGCUGUUUCAGAAGGGAGAGAGAAAGUUGGGGGAAGUGGGCCAAAACUUUCCAGAAGGACUGGAUAGAGUUCUGGAACUAGGAACUGUUGGUGCUGUCUGCAAAACACACAGGAGAAAGUUUCAAUAUUUGGUGGACUGCUGGGGACUGGUUACUGAGACAAAUACAGAGAUUCCAAAGCAGACAGACUUCAACAGGCCUCUUGGGUCACUCUGCAGAACUGGUUUAAUAAUGCAAUAACUUUUAUUGAAAUAUUUGCUGCUAUUGAAGCUUUCAUAAUAAAUUUUUGACAAUUAA